GCUUCCAUUCGAAAGCAAUAAAAGCUUAUAUUACUUCAGUAACAAAUUCUAUCGCGUUCGGUAAUCAAAAUGAAGUUCACGGCAAGUUUAGUAGUGUUAAUGUUUUUCCUCGCUGCUUUUCCGACUAGCGAAUCUGCGAAAAUCCUGGGUUUGUUCACCGCUUUCUGCAAGUCCCACCUGUUUCUUCAUAUGCCUGUCAUACACACACUUGUUGAACGAGGGCAUGAGGUCACAGUUGUCACAAUACUUCCACUGGAUGACCCGAAUCCAAAAUACAGACACAUUCUCUUGGAUGUACCGAAACGACCAAAAGGAUUUAUAUCCAACAUAAUUGAUGGCUCGAAAGGUCCUCUGAGCAUGAUUAGGACGAUUAAAAAGGCGGCGGAUAUUACAAUGAUGCAAACAAAUGCUACCCUACAUGAGCCGCAGAUGAAGAAAUUGAUGGCGGAGGAAUCAUUUGAUUUGGUUAUUUUCGGAUAUUUCUUCAAUAGUUUCCAAUUGGGCGUUGCCGCGCAUUUCAAGUGUCCAGUUGUUAUCAGCUUUAUACAUUCACCGAUGCGAAUCUUGAAUAACAUAAUUGGUAACCCGAUUGAAUCUUUAUAUGUACCACACAUGUCGAUGGGACUAGUGCAGCCACUUGGAUUUUUCGAUCGAGUGCAGAAUGUUUUGGCAAAUUUGGUGGAUUUGGCAUUAUUUUCCCUCAUUGAGUUCAAUAUGGAGAAGUACUAUAAAUUCAACUUUCCAGCGGAGAAAUACCCAUCGUAUCAAGAUAUGCUCAGAAACGUGUCCCUUGUUUUAACGUGCCAUCACUUUACGGAUGGGCCCAUUCGGCCUAACGUACCGGCUGUCGUUGAAAUGGGUGGAAUCCAAGUUAAGGCGAAACCGGAAGUAUUACCUGCUGACAUUAAGGAAUUUUUGGAUGGCGCUGCCAAAAAUGGAGCACUAUAUUUCAGCCUUGGUACUAAUGCCCGCAGUACUGACAUGAAUUCAGACACAAUCAAAACCAUCUACGAUGUCCUUUCUGAACUAAAGCAACGUGUUAUCUGGAAAUGGGAAGAAAAUACACCUCCUGGCAAUGCGUCCAACAUUUUAUUCAAAAAGUGGCUUCCCCAAGAUGAUAUUCUAGCACAUCCCAACAUCAAGCUUUUCAUAACUCAUGGAGGACAUGGCAGCGUAGUUGAAUCAGAGUACCACGGAGUGCCAAUGGUUGGUAUCCCCCUUUUCGGUGAUCAGUUUUCGAAUAUGGACGGAGUGCAGAAGGCUGGGUAUGGUCUAAGCUUGAGAGAGGACGAAAUUACUGCCGGAAAAUUUAAGUCCAUGGUUGAGGAGGUUCUGCAUAAUCCAACCUAUAGGAACAAAGUUCAGAAGUUUUCUCGAGUCUCUAGAGACAGGCCCAUGAGCCCCAGAGACACAGCUGCCUUCUGGAUAGAAUACAUUAUUAGACAUAGAGGGGCGAAACAUAUGCAAAGUCCAGCUGUUCAUAUGAACUUUAUUCAACUGUAUGGGCUCGAUGUGUUUGGAUUUUUGUUUGCUAUACUUUAUGGGAUAUUUAAGGCGAUAGUUCUUAUAUUUAGGAAAGUUGUUUAUUCACUUUUUGGAAGAUCAUGUAAGAAUCAGAAUAAGGAUAACAGCGAGCAGAAAAAGAAACAGUAGAUAUUCGCUAUAAAGUUUGUAAUUAAAGUAUUUUUUUUAUUGAA